UUUCAUUAUGUCUUCAGAGUAAAUUUGAUAGCUUCAGGAAGUUGCAACGAACCGGAGAUUGAACCAACAGUCAAUAAAAAGUACAAACUCUGAGAAAGAUGCAUCACGUCUUCCCAUGGGGUCGCAGCCGCAUUUCCUUGCGUUGUCUGAACGUCAAAUAAAAUCUCUUGAACAUGAAGCAAGGCUUUGAACUUAACAUUAAGAUAAUAUUUUCAGAUAAAUUCCCAGCUUUUUAAACAGCCUGAUAUCCACAAACUCCGGAGGGGGCUUCUUAAAACAUGGACUGGACAGUGCAGGGUGCCGGUGGUUUAGUAUAUUUAUGGUGCAUGAGUCAGAAAGCCCUUUUGCUGAUUGGCUGAGAGGACUUUGGCAGUCAAUUACAGCAAGCUACAUUUCAUUCACAGAUUUAUUAGCAUGUGCACUGAGAGAGGAAAAACUCAUUCAUAAAAGUUCAUUCACAACAAUUGCAGCGGCCCCCGUGAGCUGACUCCGGCUUGUCGCUCCUGUCGGGAAUGUUGUUGAAGGAAACUGAGCCGAGAGGGUUGUUUGAUCGGCAGUCUCCGCCGGGACACUGAAGAGGAGCUCUUGCCAAGAGUUUUGCGGAAUCCGCCGGCCCUGGCGUUUGAUCGCAUCCUCAGGGCGAGGGCAGAGGCGGUCGGUGUAUGAGCGAGGACUGGGGUCUGACGAGGAUUGCAGGGCUCAGUGCGGGGCGGCUAUGGGCUGGGCUGGGGCCGUGACCGCGGACGGUCCACCCUGAAUGGGUGCAGGCGCCAGUCCCCCGUCCUGGGCUCGUUCGCCCACAGCCAUGUCCCGCCAUCUCCCGGCGCUGCAGUGUGUUUGGGCUUGAAGCGGGCUCGCGAAAGCGAGAGAACCCCCGCCUCGUCCGUCUGUCACUUGCGUUGACAUUGGAAGCAGAGUCGCCACCGAAACCUCCCGAGUUUUGGCCGGAGCCCGCAGUUGGAAACUUUCUGUGAGCGGAGGGCUGGGGAGCAGGUUCCGCCGCCGUGGGCUAUGAGAGAACGUCUCGGCAGGGCUCUCGCCGGACACCCGUCACUAUUGAAGCCGCCGGGGAUGCUUCACAGGGCGAAGUAUAGUCGCUUCAGGAACGAUUCAUUGUCAUCCUUGGAGGAGACCAAGGAGCCGGGCGCCUCCCCUCCCUGCUCCCCGCUGACGGCCGCCUCUUCGGCUCCCGCGGUGGCGCACAGUCUGUCCACCUUCCUGCCCAGACUGGCUCAGCUGAGGCUCUCCGGACCCGCCGGCUUACUUACGCUCAAGGGCUUUCCCCGAGCCACAAGGGAAAUGCCGAGAAUGAAAGUGACCAACACUGUCAGCACUCACAGCCUGCCCCCCUCCUCGGCUCUGGAUCUAACCAGCUGCCUUUGUCCCCCCCCUCAGGCCGAGCACGGCCCGCAGAAGGGCAGCGCGAUGCAGAUCGCAGGGCGGCCGGACAGCGGGCAGUGGCUCUGCAACGUGGACUCGGCAAACAGAGCGGCCAAAGGCUCACAGCAACGCCAGGAGAAUGACCUCAACUCCGGCAUACUCUACACUGUCAGAUAUAUGGGUUGUGUGGAGGUCUUGCAGUCCAUGAGGUCACUUGAUUUCAAUACAAGAACCCAGGUCACAAGGGAAGCUAUAAGCAGAGUGUGUGAGGCUGUUCCAGAUGCUAAAGCCACCAUGAGGAAAAGAAAGCCUCCCAGCAAAGAAUUAUCAACUGUCUUGGGGAAGAGCAACCUCCAGUUUGCAGGAAUGAAGACCAUAAUGUGCAUCUCUGUGAGUAGCCUCAGCCUAAUGAUCCCAGACUCCAAACAGUUCAUUGCCAACCACCACAUGCAGUCGGUUUCUUUUGCCUCUGGAGGAGAUCCAGACACAAGCAAUUACGUUGCCUAUGUAGCCAAAGACCCAGUGAAUCAAAGAGCAUGCCAUAUUUUGGAGUGUUUUGAUGAUUUGGCCCGUUGUGUUAUUAACAGCAUUGGACAAGCGUUUGAACUUCGCUUUAAACAAUACUUGAAGAACCCACAUGCAGCAAGUAAACCUCACAAUGAGAGCAAACCUGCAGGCUUUGCAUUGUGGAACGUGGCGAGUGACCAGCAGAACCAUGGAUACUACAACGAAAUCCCAGGUAAACUGGCCUCUCCCACAGGACUGCAAAAAGCAAGAGAUAACGAAGAUUCGGUGAUCCAGAGAAAUAGUAAUCAAAUGAUUAAGGAUGGAAACAUUUCACAGACUGCUCACACAUCACCAAUCACCAUUUAUGAAAAUUAUUCCAAUCUACACAACCCAACGUCCACUGGACCAGGCAAAAUUAUAAGCCCCUCUGAUCUUUUUGAUGAUCCAUCUUACAUGAACACCCAGAAUCCAGUGAAUCCCCAUUCUUCCAACAUGAUGGGAGUGUCAGGACAGGGAUCUGCUAACGUGCACAGAGAUAUGUAUAAUGCAAUUUCUCAGAACAGCACAACAGGCAAAAACCCAGUUGUGAUGCCCAUGCCUGCAACCCUCUCUUCCAUGAGAAAGCAGCUCAUGAAGGAAAUCUGGUACUGCGGAAGGAUGAGCAGGCAGGAAGCUGAGAAGCUGCUGAUAAACGAUGGUGACUUUCUGGUGCGGGAAAGCAUGACUACAUCAGGACAGUACGUACUGACUGGGCUACAGGGCGGACAAGCCAAACACUUGCUCCUGGUGGACCCUGAAGGCAUGGUGAGAACGAAGGAUCACAUAUUUGACAGCGUCAGUCAUCUGAUCAGUUACCAUGUGGAUAACCAGCUGCCAAUCAUCUCAUCAGGAAGUGAACUAUAUCUUAAGAAACCCGUCUAGGAGAGGAACUUUAGAUGAAGGGAGUUUACUUUCAGUUUUAGCCCUUGCAUCUGCUGGAUGUUGUAAAAAGUCAGGCCAUUUUAGUGGAAAGCUGUUGAUGAUCUGUGCGUAGUUUCUUUCAAGAAAUAAAAUUUUUCAGCCUGCAAUGGUCACGAUCACUUUGCACUUCCGACUUAAGUGUUUGUUGGAACACAAUAGAUAAUGACUUUAUUGUCGUGUCAUUGUGCAUAAUACAUGAUAUUUUUGGGAUUUAAAUCAUGAAAUAACAAAGUGUAAUCACACAUGCUGUGUGAAUGAUUUAUUCUUUAUUUUUAAACACAACUGGCUUUGAGAACAUGGAAAAGCCAAUCCUAACCAACUGCAGACCAUGAAAAUGUGCCUUGAUUCUACAGAUAUAUUGCAGCAUGCUUUAUACAAAAAAAAUCCACAAGUGAGUUUGCUGUACACAGCUUCAGUGUUUCUUUCUAACCUGUUUCACUGCCUUGAAAACAGAAUUCUAACCAAAAACCUUUAGAACAUGGAAUGGAAUUCAGUAAUGCUUUUCCUUGUACCAAUACAGUUUGCAUUUCAAGUACCAAUUCCAUUACUGCUUUAUAAAGAAUUUUACUAACAUGAGGCUUUACUAUUUUUUGUUCUUUAAUGUUAUUAGAAGAGUUAUCAGACAUGAAUAUGUAUUUAUGCAUUUAAGUCAGAGCUGAAUAUUUCUAAUGAAACUUAAUUUUUCACUUUGAAAUUACACGAGAAACUAACAAAUCGAAGUUGAUAGAAAAAUAAUCACCUUUAAGAACUGUUCAAACUUGGAUAUCCUUUUGUAGAUGAUGAAAUGUAUAUCUUAGAUAAUUUUGGAAAUGGCUUUUUACAAAUGCAUCUCCACUGUAUAUCAUAAAGGAUAAUUAAUAGAAAAUCAGACUUCCAGAGAGAAUAAUAUUUUUAAUAUUUUUGGCUGGUUUCAACACUGGAGUACAAAGUAAACAUGACUAUUCUUUUUCAUCCUUUUAUCAAAGCAUGGCAUGAUUACCAGAUUUAUAUUGUUGCUUUUCUUCCCUAUCUGACACAGUUUAGCUUCGUACCAAACUCUAAAGAAUAGAUAUAUUUCCAUUGUGUGAUAAGUCCAUCUAAUCCAAAGCAUUUACUAAAUAGAGUAUUUUUAAAUUCUGAAAAGUUUAAAUGGUGCAUGAUUAUGUUUGUGAUGUGUCACUUGUAGAUAUUACAAUUGUGCAGCCUUGCUGUGCUCUUUUGUGAAGAA